UUUGCUUGCUGUCUGCAUUCUGUCAUUUUGUGUUUCGUACAGUACAAUUUGGUCGUCAUUGAAUUUUUAGACGAAUAUUCAUCCUCUUGUGAUGAACUAGAACAUUCGUAAUUAAUAGAUUUUUCAAAAAAAAUACAUUUCAAUGGCUAGUGGCUUAUAGAAUUUGUUGUGGCCCUUCAAAAGGAUAUUUAAAUUUGGCCGUGAAUCUCAUGGACCUAUUUCAACAUCCACAAUUAAAUCAAAAACAUUAGGCUGGUGCUGUGAUGGAAUCAUACUUCAACAAGACAACAAGACGGAAAAGAUCAACAGUGGAAGGGUACAAAUGAAGGAUAUUGCUUGUUAGUUGUGUCGUGGCUAUUUUGAUAGUGAGAGGGAAUUAGUUGAUCAUUGAUCGACGAGAUUUAUGUGCGCGUGACGGUGACAUGAGCACAAACAACAAACGGCGUGGAGCUAGCGGUUCCAGUUGUUCUGUGUCUGGAGUGCCCGCACUCGUGAACGUGCCCACAGCCAUGUCUGCAGACCUCGCUUCGUUAUUCGAGUGUCCCGUGUGCUUCGACUAUGUUCUGCCGCCGAUUUUACAGUGCCAAAGCGGGCACCUGGUGUGUUCCAGCUGCAGACCGAAACUGUCGUGCUGCCCGACUUGCCGCGGCCCUCUCGGCAACAUCCGCAACCUCGCCAUGGAAAAAGUCGCCAGUAAUGUUAUGUUCCCUUGUAAACAUUCCAACACUGGCUGCACAGUCACCUUAGUGCACACUGAGAAGGCAGAACAUGAAGAGGCGUGUGAAUUUAGGCCUUACUCAUGUCCCUGUCCUGGAGCAUCAUGUAAGUGGCAAGGGGGAUUAGAUCAAGUUAUGCCUCAUUUGAUGAUGUCUCACAAAAGCAUCACUACCCUUCAAGGAGAAGACAUAGUGUUCCUGGCAACGGAUAUUAACUUGCCUGGAGCUGUAGACUGGGUGAUGAUGCAGUCCUGCUUCAAUCAUCACUUUAUGUUAGUACUUGAAAAGCAAGAGAAGUUUGAUGGACAUCAACAAUUUUUUGCCAUUGUACAACUGAUAGGUUCUCGUAAGGAAGCAGAGAACUUUGCGUAUAGACUAGAACUGAAUGGGCACCGCAGACGGCUCACAUGGGAAGCGAUGCCACGCUCAAUCCACGAGGGAGUCUCGUCAGCGAUCAUGAACUCGGACUGCCUGGUGUUUGACACGUCGCUCGCACAACUGUUUGCUGACAACGGGAACCUUGGAAUCAAUGUCACAAUUUCUAUUGCCUAAUCUUCAUUGCCAUCCUGUUGUUUGUUCAGUAAUCAGAGACUUUCAUUAAGUGAUACAAUAAUAUGAUUAUAUUUUCAUGUCAAUGAAAGCAUGUAACAACUUUUGAUAUAAAGAAGACUUAUUAAACUACAGAUAUUGAAGUUGAUAAUUCAUAUUUUUGUUACAGUUAUAGUAUUUGCGAAUAGUUGAAUCUCUCUUUGACAUUUUUCUAUUUCAUUAAUCAACAUCAAAGUAAGCCAAAAAUAUUUUUUUUUUUUCAUUGUUUGUAUGUACAUGUGUGUUCACCCUUAGAGUUAAGUAGAGAAAGUUUAAAUUUUUGAGUGACUAUGAUCACUUCAGAAUGCCUUGUAAACAUAGAUUAUAAAGAAACAAAUUAUGACCUCUCAUGAGAGAAAGUGAUUAUUUAAUUCCAACAUUGAACAAAUAUAAUUAUUGUAACAUUAAUCAUUUGUAUAUAGAUGCAUGAAAUUACUUAAAUAUUAAGGACUUUAAGCAACAAAAAACAUUGCUUUGUGAGGAUACGUAGUGUGCUGGCAUCUACUGAAUUGUAUAAGGUCACAAGUGGACUUCUACCACAGGCUUAGCGUCGGCCAACAACGGGCAACUAUCACAAAACAGUAAUAGUACAGAUGUAUACCAUGCCAAGUGAAUUCAAGCUAUUCACAAACUCGGUUCCCAAAUAAUACAAAAAGUGAACAGGAAGAUAGAUACUUAAAAUUUUGAUUACAAGCAACAUGAUAAGUAAAAUGUCAAAAUAUCUUUACUGACUGUUAUCUGAAUAGCAGUUAUAUACAGUGUCUUGAUACACAAAUCCGUAGCUAAUUUCAUUACAGUGUAGCAAGGAAAACUCACAAAACAGACUUUGUUUUGGCAUAAGUUUAAAGCUUUCUGUACUAUUAACGUUUUGUAUCAUCGCUGUGUGCUUUACCUACCUCGAUCUCAAUGGAAUGGUGACAGGUUAUUCUGCACGCAUCGCAAAAGGCUUGAGUGAUCCUGUCAUAAGAGUUCUUGUUUGAAUUUCAAGUAAUCUUUUAAGAUGUAACAUUCAUUUGAACAACGGCUCCAUUGGUUAAUUUUAUUGUUUUCAGUCUUUCAACAAUCGAUGUUGUACGAUUAUUUUUACCCGGCUACAUCCACCGGGACUUGCGUGGUCUUCCGUGGGGGGGCCUUCAAGUGCAAAAAAAGAUGUUAAUAAAGCAUUCCCUUUUGUUUAUUACAACCGAAUGACAGUUCAGUUUUAAUUCCACUACGGCUACACGUAUCAAUGGUUCUUAUGGAUUCACAUAUAGUAGUUUAAAUGCUAACAAGUUAUAAUUCAAACAACUGUAAGUAAUACUGCAAUAGAAAUAUGUUUGAGAGUUUUGUUACCAUGAUUCAAUGGUUUAAAAUCAGGUCAGUCAAAAGUUAGUUGUAGUUACCUGAACAUCUCAAUUCUCAAAUCAUGGUUGCAGUUCUUGGAACCGGGACAAAUGAUGUGUGGCCCAGGGAUUUAUUUGUUCAUGAGCGUAUUUAUAUAUAUUUUUUAUUAUAGGUUAAGCGCUGGCAUACAAUACCCCCUUUCAUUCCUCACUCACGAUUCUUAUGUCUCAUAAAAUUAACAUACUUUUUUACACUUGAUUGUACAGUGAAGACACGAAAUUAUGCCGUGUGGUUCCCGGCACCAAUAUAAAGAAGAUGAGCACCACUCCAUCUCUUAUGGAUAGCGUAAAAGACGACUAAGGGAUAGACUUAUAACUUGAGAUUCUUCUUUUAUGGGCUAGCAACCUAGCUAGCCAAACAACUGAACGUGGCCUUUCAAGACUGCAUGCUCUGUCUACCCCGCAAGGGCUAUAAUCGUCAUUAUAUGGAUGAAUGAAUAACCGCGAAAGGUGGUAUAUUUUUCUAUGUGCAUAAAAAUUUAAACAAAUAGCCGGGUCUGGACAUCGACGAAUCAAAUAUUAGUUAGCUCCUUUUAAUUUAUACAAAAACAUGUUACUUAAUUAUAGUUUUAAUUUUACUGUAAUGCUGUUUGUCCCGAGUAAUUGUUUACGAGGGACGGUGUUACCUUCGCAUCUGACAUUAUCCAAACAUUUAUUUAAGAUGCAACUGGUAAAUUUUAUGAAAGAUUCUAGUUGAAAUAAAUUUUUGUAACGUA